AUGGUCUCAGUUCUCAAGCACGUUAUCACUGGCAGCAUUCAAGGUCUCACCCCACGAAUCUUUCAACUAUUACAACAGAAACCAGUCCCGCCGCCUACAUCAGCCACGUCCUCAUUGGCUUCAACUAGCGGGGCCGGCACCACCACCACCAGGAGGAGCUCGAAGAAGAAGAACAAUGAUAACAAUGAGAAGAAGUACAGGGGAGUGAGGCUGAGGCCUUGGGGGAAAUGGGAACUGAAGUCUUCCAAAGCAAUUGAUAAUGCCCACCUAGGUGGUUAG